AUGUUACUAACUGACGAUGGUGGCACACCAGCUGAGGCAGAAGGGCUUGAAAUCACUAUCUGUGACACGCUGGUGGAGAUAGAGGGGCUUCCACUCACUGACGGUGACACGCUGGUCGAGAUAGAACGGCUUGUACUCACUGACGGUGACACGCUGUUGGGGAUAGAAAGGCUUCCACUCACUGACGGUGACACACUGGUGGACAAGGAAGGGCUUGCACUCACUAAUGGUGACGCGUUGGUCGAGAUAGAAGGGCUUGUACUCACUGAUGGUGAUGCACUGGUCGAGAAAGAAAGACUUGUACUCACUGAUGGUGACGCACUGAUGGACAGAGAAGUGUUUGCACUGACUGAAGGUGACGUGCUGUUCGAGGUAGACGGACUUAUAAUGGCUGAUGGUGACGCGCUGGUUGGGAUAGAAGGCCUUGUACUCACUGAUGGUGACGCGCUGGUCGAGAUAGAAGGACUCAUAAUGGCUAAUGGUGACAGGCUGGUCGAGAUAGAAGGGCUUGUUCUCACUGAUGGUGAGGCGCUUGUCGAGAUAGUAGGACUUGUAGUCAAUGACGGUGACGCGGGUGUCGAGAAAGAAGGACUUGCACUCAAUGACGGUGACAUACUGGUGGAGAUAGAAGGACUUGUACUCACUGACGACGAGGCACUGGUCAAGAUAGAAUGAAUGGUACUCGCUGACAGUAAUACGCUACCCGAGAGAGAAAAGGUUGUACUCAAUGACGGUGACGCGCUGGUCAAGAUAGAAGGGCUGGUGCUCACUGGCGGUGACGCGCUGGUCGAGAUAGAAGGGCUUGUACUCACCGAUGGUGAGUCACCAGUGGGGAGGGAAGGACUUGUAGUUACUGACGGUGACCCGCUGGUCGAGAUAGAAGGAAUAGCACUCACUGAGAGUGAUACGCUACCCGAGAGAGAAAGGCUUGUACUCACCGAUGGUGACGCGUUGGUCGAUAUAGAAAUUCUUGUACUCACUGAUGGUGACCCAUUGGUCGAUAUAGAAGGACUUGUACUCACUGAUGUUGACGCGGUGGUCGAGAUAGAAGGACUUAUACUCACUGAUGGUGACCCAUUGGUCGAGAUAGAAGGACUUGUACUCACUGAUGGUAACGCGCUGGUCGAUAUAGAAGGGCUUGUACUGAUUGACGGUGUCGUAUUGGUCGAGAUAGAAGGGCUAUUUGUAGUUAAUGACGUUGUCGUAUUGGUCGAGGGAGAAGGGAUUGUACCUAAUGACGAUGACAAGCCUAUCCUCUGGGAGAAGCUCGGUGAUAAUGAUAAGGUGAUUGAGGCGAACGAGUGUACAGCACCUGAAGAGGAAAAAAUCACGUUUGUUAUUACGUAA